UUCAUUCUGUUUAUAAUGAACUUUCGAUUCUCUGUUUAUAUUACUGUUGAAAAUUUGAUUCAAAGAUUCUUCUUCUUGUAGAAGAAGAAGAAGAAGAUUAUCAAUGGCGGAACCUGUAAGGAGGAGAUUCUCUAUUGGAUAUGCACUCGCACCGAAGAAGAAGCAAAGUUUCAUUCAAGAUUCACUUGUGAAUCUUGCUAAGGAGAAAGGAGUCGAUCUAAUUCAGAUCGAUAAGAAGAAGCCAUUAGCAGAUCAAGGACCGUUCGAUUGUGUUCUUCAUAAACUAACUGGAGACGAAUGGUUACGGCAGUUGGAUGAUUAUUCGUUAAAGAGCCCUAACGCAUUGAUUAUUGAUUCGCCUGAAGCUAUUGAGAGGUUACAUAAUCGGAUUUCAAUGCUGGAGGUUGUUACGGAAUUGAAAGUUGAGUCUGAAGAAGGUGUUUCGUUUGGAAUACCUAAACAGAGUUUGAUUUACGAUUAUGAUACUCUGUUGGAUCCAAAUGCAUGGGGGAAUGGAUUGACGUUUCCUGUAAUUGCUAAACCUUUGGUUGCUGAUGGAAGUGCAAAAUCUCAUAAAAUGUCGCUGGUGUUUAACAGGGAGGGUUUGAGUAAGUUGAAACCACCGAUUGUGUUGCAGGAAUUUGUUAAUCAUGGUGGUGUUAUAUUUAAGGUUUAUGUUGUUGGUGAUUAUGUAAAAUGUGUGAGGAGGAAAUCAUUGCCGGAUGUAUUGGAGGAGAAAAUGGCUAGUUUGGGGAAUUACUUAUCGUUUUCACAGGUAUCAAAUCUUGCUACUCAUGAAAGAAACGAGCAUAAAUUUAUAGAAACGAUUGAUUUGGAACAUGCUGAAAUGCCUCCAUUGAGAUUUAUUACUGAUAUUGCUCGUGGAUUGAGACAAGCUAUGAAACUUCAUCUCUUUAACUUUGAUGUGAUUAGGGAUACUAGUAUUGGUAAUAGGUAUCUUGUAAUUGAUAUAAAUUACUUCCCUGGUUAUGCAAAGAUGCCAUCUUAUGAAUCAGUGUUAUCAGAUUUCUUUUGGGAAGUUUUAACUAAGAAAGAGGAGAAGGAAGUGAUGAAUACAAAUAUUGGAACUAGUGAAUGCUGUGGGGAUGAUAAUGCUGGUGAUCUUGUUCUUGUAUCAAAGGAGAAUUCGUUUCAGGUCUGAUUGGGAAGGGGAGGGGAAGAGGAGAUGUGAGUAUCAAUCGAAUUUCAUAGAGGAAGGCGAAGAAGCUUGCGGGUUAAUCAUUGUUCCCAGAAGAAAUGGUUAGUAUAGUAGUAAUAAGUAGGCGAUUUCUUUCAGUUUUGCCUCCCAGGGGGAGGCAUAUCAAUGGUGUUCUUCUUUAUUAUUACAGUGUACAUUCCUAAGGUACUUUGAUGAUUGUACUUGCCAUAAUCGUUUCUUUGACCUGAUGGAUGGUUGAAAGUUUUCUUUGUUAAAUCUCAAGUCUAAUUUGUCAUUUUUCUAUCA